AUGACAAUGUUUUUCCAUUCACUAGAAUUUACAUUAAUGAAUAUUUGCGUUUUCACUCUUUUUCCUUAUGCAGGGGAUUACAUUGUUAGUCACUGUCGUGAUAACGCUAGCACGAACGUCCUUCAAGUAACAUCCCCUAAUCAUUUUAUAAUAUUUUCGCACCUUAACACCUCCAUGGUAGUAGCGUUUAAUUUUUGUGAAGAAAAAGAAAAUUAUUCAUUACCGCUGGGCAAUUUAGGCGAGAAGUGUAAUGGUCAAUUAAGUUUGACUCCCACUGAUUCUCAACUUAAUAAAGGUAGACAAAUUAACAUUUGA